AUGCUGGAUGGAACCUCGAGAGAAAAUUGGCACUUUCAGCAAAAAGUGGGAACCUCCAAAGACACAAGCAAAACCGAAAACCCCAGAGAGGAAGGAGCGGGAGGAGGAGGAGCGGGAGAAGGAGGAGCGGGAGAAGGAGGAGCGGGAGAAGGAGGAGCGGGAGAAGGAGAAACGGGAGACGUAGAAACGGGAGACGUAGAAGUAGGAGACGGGGGAGUAGGAGACGGGGGAGUGGGAGACGGAGGAGUGGGAAACGGAGGAGUGGGAAACGGAGAAAUGAAAGACAGAGGAGUGGGAAAAGAAGGAAUGGGAGCAAAAGAAACGGGAGACAGAGAAGUGGGAAACAGAGGAGUGGGAGAAGGAGGAGUAGGAAUGGGAGAAGUGGGAGACAGAGAAAUAGAAGACAGAGGAGUGGGAGAAGGAGAAGUAGGAGAAAGAAGAAUGGGAGCGGGAAACGAAGAAGUGGGAGACGGAGGAAUGAGAAAAAGAGGAAUGGGAACAGGAGACAGAAGAAUAGGAAAUAGAAAAGCAAAAGACGGAGAAGUGAAAGAUGGAAAAGUGAAAGAUAGAGAAGUAGAAACGGGAGACGGAGAAGUGGGAGAUGAAUGA